AUGAUUGUUGAGGCUGGUGAGGUAGAUUAUGGCAGGGAGGCAGGGAGACAGGAGACUAAGAAGUUAUACCAGAGAACUGUGGCGGAAAGAUCCCAGAGCCAUAUUGAUGAUAUUCAGGAAGCUCCAACCAGUAUCUCUGAAGCCCUCCACAAUGCUGAGGCUCAGCUGGAGCAAGAAGUUCUGCAACCUGCAGUCCUCGACACGCCAGUGCGUUCAUCAGCAGAUGAUGACACUGACUCUCCAGCGAGUUUGUCAGCGGAUGGUAACCUUGACUCUGGAGUGAACUCCCCAGCACAUAACAACAUUGACUGUGCAGUGAGUCUCACAGUAGAUUCGGAGAUUAACUGUGCAGUGAGUCCCAAAGCAGAUUCAGACAUUGACUGUGUAGUGAUUCUCACAGCAGAUGAGGACAUCAAUUCUGCAGUGAGUCUCACAGCAGAUGAGGACAUUAACUCUGCAGUGAGUUUCAUGGCUGAUGAGGACAAUAACGCAGCAGUAAGGCUCACUGCAUAUUCUGAAAGUAACUGUGCAGUGAGUCCCAAAGCAGAUGAGAGCACUGACUGUGCAGUUAGUCCCAAAGCAGAUGAGGGCACUGACUGUGCAGUGAGUCCAGCAGCAGUUUCAACAGAAAAGCAGAACAAGGAUCACAUUUUCUGGCGGUACAAUUUCGGUGACAAGCUGGGUAAAGGUGGAUUUGGCUAUGUGCAGAAAGGAAUUCGCAUCAAGGAUGGUCUUAAGGUGGCUGUGAAAUGUGUCCGAAAGACACCACGUACGACAUAUAUCAGCACUCCUUUUCACCCCAAACCCCUUCCUUUAGAGAUCGCCUUGGCAGUUAUCGCCAAUAGGGAUCCCUGCUGUCGGAAUAUAAUUCAGGUGCUGGACUGGCAGGACGACCCAGACCGCUACAUCAUGGUCAUGGAGCGCCCCUUACCUAGCAUGGAUAUGAGUACAUUCCUGAAACUCAACAGAGGUGUCCUUGAUGAGCACACAGCACGUCACAUAAUGCAGCAGGUUAAUUAUGCUGCUAAAGUUUGCUGUUAUCGGGGCGUCUUCCAUCGCGACAUCAAGCUAGAAAACCUGCUUGUGAACCCGAGCACGCUGGAGGUCAAAUUAAUCGACUUCAGUUGCGCGGACCUCAUGAAGGAUUCUGCCUACGAGUCCUACUGUGGCACAAUGCCAUACUUCCCCCCAGAGUAUUUUGACACGGGCAGGUACCAUGCAAAACCCGCAACAGUGUUUUCACUAGGGGUGCUCUUGAUCAGAAUGAUCCUUGGACGUUUUCCAACAGCCAACGAAGUGUACCACCUCAUCAACAACGACUGGUCCAGAUUUGUUGUCUCACAAGAAUGCUGCAAUUUCAUGCAGGCUUGUCUGCAGCGUCAUCCAGAUCACAGGCUUCUUCUGGAGCAUAUGCACUGCCAUGACUGGUUUUUGUUGGUCUUGCCUGAUAAUCACUUCAGAAUCCACUACAAUAUCAAAGAUUCCUUUCACAGCUAUUUCCAGAGCUCUGUCAUGGCCGCCCUACAUGUUCCACUCAUUGCUGAUCCAGUUCUUGUUCUGGCUCUUCUGGUCUCCAAGUUUCCUGUCAUGAACGCAAAGGUUCAUGUCAUGACCCCAGCCAAAGCAAGUCAGCCACAGUCCCACAGCUGCCUGUCUCAUCUUUCCCAAUCCCAAAGGUUGCUUUCAUGGCUGCUACAGAGGUUCCUGUUGCUGAAGACCCUCAAUCCAUCAUACUAG